AUUUUGCCGACGAAAAAAACCCCCCUCUCCACCCCUUUAUGUGUGCCUAGUCUUCUCUGGUCGCGCGAGGGAUGUCUCUCACGGUAGUUUCAGUGAGGGUCGGUUAUAAUGUAGUCUAAAUAUGAUCCAUUUACCAUCCAUCAAACUGAAUCGGACUCAUUGAUUUCAUUGCGUGUGCUCAGCCGAUCCCUGCAUGGUGGAGUCUUCAUCGACGCGACUGGAUCACAGCGGCAUCCUCCCUGCCUUCCCCACUUUCCUGAGAAGGUGAAGCCUUUCUAAUAACACCGCCAGCCGUUAUGAGACGAAUAACAGGAAAGGCGAAGGAUGAAACUUUGAUCGAGCUGCAGAGCGCGGCGGAUUCACAGACUGGAGAUGGUCCCGCAGUAUUGACCGCAUUCAGGAUAAACCUGCACUCAGAUGAAAACAGUGGAAAUGGUGUUCCAUUAUCUGAAAGAGCGACACUGCCUGGACAUACAGAGACAGAUAAGCUACAAUCAAACAAAGACACUGUGUUCUUCAGGGACGGAGUUCGAAGAAUAGACUUUGUGUUGUCUUAUGUAGAUGACAAAGAUGGAGAAAAGAAACAGGAAAGGAGGAAGGAGUUUGAGGCCAACCUUGUGAAAGCAGGACUGGAGCUGGAGACAGAUGACAAAUCAGACUCCAGAGACCAAAAGACGUAUUUCUUGAAGAUUCAUGCUCCUUGGGAUGUACUGGCCACCUAUGCUGAUGUCUUAAAGAUCAAAGUUCCCUUCAAGGAGAGCGAUAUCCCCCAUGGUCAGGAUGUCCCACUGGAGUGGUUGUCACAUCCUUUCCGCCUGCCAGACCACAUCAUGCACCCACAACCUGACUAUUUUACCUACCCCUUCGACAAGACCAAGACUGACUUCUUCCUCAUCAGUGACAAGGAUACUUUCUUCCCGCCUUCCACGAGAAACAGAAUUGUGUUCUACAUCCUGGCUCGUUGUCCGUACUACAAAGAGGGUCGGAAAGAUAGAGACAAGACGGGAAUCAAGCGACUACUCAGCAAUGGGACGUAUACAACAGCCUUUCCACUGCAUGAUUGUCGAUACUGGAAAAGGGCAAGAAAUGCUGAAUGUGAGAGUGAGCGCUACAACCUGUACAAGCACUGGGCCAGAUUUCUCUGCUUUUACAAAGAGCAACCACUUAACCUCAUCAGGAAGUACUAUGGGGAAAAGAUUGGGAUCUACUUCGCCUGGCUGGGCUUCUACACAGAGAUGCUGUUCUUUGCAGCCGUCAUGGGCCUAAUAUGUUUCAUCUAUGGAGUGCUCAGUUAUGAUGACAACAUAUCAAGCAAAGAAAUAUGUGACGCCGAUAUUGGAGGCAGUAUUGUGAUGUGUCCACUUUGUGACAAAAAGUGCCCUUUCUGGAAGCUCAACUCUACGUGUCUUUCAUCCUGGCAAUCCCAUCUGUUUGAUAAUGAGGGAACGAUAUUCUUUGCCAUAUUUAUGGGGAUUUGGGUAACUCUGUUUUUGGAGUUCUGGAAACGGCGUCAAGCCCGGCUGGAGUACGAGUGGGACUUGGUGGACUUUGAAGAGGAACAGCAACAGCUUCAAAUCCGGCCCGAGUUUGAGAUCCAAUGCACUAAAAGGAGGCUCAACAAGAUCACUCAGGAAAUGGAGCCAUAUCUCCCCAUCACCAGCAAGUGUGCUCGCUUCAGCCUCUCAGUAGCCACUGUUAUAUUCUGGAUUUCUCUGAUAGUGGCCUGUAUUAUUGGGGUCAUAGCAUACAGGCUGGCCGUGUAUGCUGCCUUCGCAAGUAUCAUCAAAGACCCUAUGAGGAAGAUCCAGUUGGUGGGCAGAUUCAUCACUCCACAGCUAGCGACUUCUGUCACUGCAUCCUGCAUCAACUUUGUCAUCAUCAUGAUCCUCAACUUCUUUUAUGAGAGAGUGGCCAUCUGGAUCACUGAUAUGGAAAUCCCAAAGACCCACCUCGAGUAUGAGAACAGGUUGACCAUGAAGAUGUUCCUGUUCCAGUUUGUCAACUACUACUCCUCGUGCUUCUAUGUGGCCUUCUUCAAAGGCAAAUUUGUGGGCUAUCCUGGUGACUACUCAUAUAUGUUUGGCAAAUGGAGCAAACUGAGGAAUGAGGAGUGUGACCCUGGAGGUUGUCUGAUUGAGCUGACCACACAGCUUGUGAUCGUCAUGGCAGGAAAACAACUAUGGGGCAACAUUCAGGAAGCCCUGCUGCCGCUGAUGCGUAACUGGUGGAGUAGCAGAAGGGGGCGGCACCAUCCUGAGAACCAUUACAGCCGCUGGGAGCAGGACCACGUCCUGCAGAACUUCACUCAGCUGGGAUUGUUCUAUGAGUACCUGGAGAUGGUGGUCCAGUUUGGUUUCAUCACUUUGUUUGUGGCCUCUUUCCCCUUGGCUCCCCUCCUGGCUCUGUUCAACAACAUCCUGGAGAUCAGGGUGGACGCCUGGAAGUUCACCACCCAGUUCAGACGACCGGUGGCAUCCAAGGCCCGAAACAUCGGAGCGUGGCAGGAAAUCCUCAACGCAGUGGCCAUUUUGUCUGUUGUUACCAAUGCUUUCAUAAUGGCGUUCACCUCGGACAUGAUCCCCCGUAUGGUCUAUCUGUAUGUUUACGGUAAAGGGGCCAUGAACAACUACGUUAACAACAGCCUGUCAAUCUACAACAUCUCACAGAUACCUAAGGACAACAUGCCCGAGGAACAAGACUACUGGUUUGUUAACUUGACUACCACCUGCAGAUACCGUGACUACCGUUACCCUCCAGGCCACCAGAGGGAGUACACUCACACCAUGCAGUUCUGGCACAUCCUGGCAGCCAAAAUGGCCUUCAUUAUUAUCAUGGAACAUGUGGUCUUCGUGGUGAAGUUCUUCGUGGCGUGGUUGAUCCCGGACGUCCCAUCAGAUGUGAAGGCACGGAUUAAACGAGAACGCUACCUGAUUCAAGAAUACCUUCAUAACUACGAGGUGGAGAGACUCAAACUCCAGCUGAGUGCCAGUUUCAUCACGGAACCACAGUCAGAAAAGUGCUUGAUGACAGACAAGCAUGAAGUGUUGUCUGAGUGCCUGUAGCUUCUGCUUCACGCCUCCAACUAACCAAGCCAAGAAUGGACAUAUCUGGGAGUUUUCUCCUCACUGAGAACAUCCAUAUACAAGGGCUUCUGUCUUCGGGAUAAAAACGCUAUUAUCUUUUCUUGCUGAAUGUACUCCUGUAUUAGGAUUUGUAUAUAGGCAUCAGAAAAAAAUCCAUUUCACUUUGCUUAAAAUCAUCUUCUUGAGUGGGUGAAAGAUUUCUGUGCCAUAAACAAAGUGUUGAAAAGUGUAGCGAAGGCAAAUAACAGCAAAGAGCAAAAACAUUGUAACUGCAGCUUGUACCGUUCCCCAUGUAAUGCCUUCAAACUUAAAAAAAGAUCUCUGUAUGUGCUGAUAGAGUUAAAGUUUGUGGUGUCACAUUAGGUGUAAUUACCCUUUAAAGAGUUGGUUGUGAUAUCAUCCUUUUAAUUUUCUGCAUGUGAUUCUUCUAAUGAGAUUACAAGAUGGACUGUUUAGACAAGAAGAAAUGUGUCAGUUGUAAAAAUAUUUGAAUGGUAAUUGUGGUAAAGAAAAAUCAUAAUUUUAGGGAUAGAUGUUUUGCAUCACAUAUCCUUGAUCUGUCAUUUAACUAUGAAUAUAGAAAAUGGUUCAAAAGUUUAAAUAUAUCUAAAAUGAAACACAUCCAUAUAUUAAAAAAUGAAUAGAUGGUGCUUAUUCAUCCAAAACUUUCACUAUGUUUCUUUUUAAAUCAUUUAAAACAAAUGGUAGCUAAAUAAUGUGUAGUUCCACUGAUCUAUAGCUGGGCUAUACAAUUGUUAGUUUUGUUAUGUGAGUCUAUUAUGUUUGGAGAAAAGCUCUUAAAAACUGUGUGUGAGAACCAAGUACCUCCGUCAUACUGCAGUGAUAUUGUAACAGUGUUCCACCCGUUCCACCCUGAGUUAGGGACUGCAACAGUAAUAUGGUGAGAGAGCAGCUGCAGGCUCAUGUCUCAUCUUCCAAAUGUAUUUCCAACUUGCUGUGGGACCAAUAAUAAGAUUUCUAUCAACAGAAAAGACUACAUGAAGAAAAUGUUGGAAGAUCUCUUGAAAGAGUUUCGGCUGUUAGUGUGUCAGAUUCACUCCUCCUUGUGUUACACGUGGAUAAUAAAUGGCCUAUAUUUCUGUUUUCAGAUUCCACAUUAUUGGUGUCUCCAUAGGCAUAAGCAGUGGUAACCUUCAUUUCAGAGAUAUACAGAAAGGAGAAGAACUUCUUGUGCCCUGGUUGGGAUACAUGUGAGUGAGGAUUUCAGUGACAAAAAAAAUUACUCUAGCUGGUUACUAAGUGUUGCUGUAGAUAUAGAGAAUAUGUUAUCUAUUUUAAUGGGUUGUAGUGCAAUUAAUUUAUUGAGCUGUUUCUGGUAGCCUGAAGCAUUUGUGUUUAGAGUUACUUCACAAGCCUCUUUUUAAACUCCUUCUUAUCAAUUUACUUGCAACAACCGAUUUCUUGUUUUGUACUAUUCAUCACCUCAUAAAUGACCAUCAAGCAGUGUUAGCUCAGACAGUUUGUCAAGUACAUUUUAUGCUCUGAAUUACUACUUUGUCAAGGGACCAGAGAAGGAAAAAGCUACACAUUCUGUGGGAGACAACAGAUGAUUAUAUUUCAUUACAGUAUAUUAGUCAUUUAUCAGCUACAGUAUGGCUUUUUUAGCUUCUUAAGCUUAACAUGCAUUUUGAUUUUUCUGUGUUUAUAUUGAAACCUCUUUGCAGUUGUGAUUCCAGCUAUCAGCAAAUUAUAUUUGACAGUCAAAAACUAAGCCUGGCUUACUUCAAUCUCAGGAUAACCCAUCUUCUAAUGUUUGUUGAACAUCACUUGUUGAUACAGUAUGCAGAUGUCUGAUGCAUACAGGGGGUUAGAGCAUGAUCCUACAAGGUGCAUGAUGUAUUUCCCAACAAACAAAUGCCUUAAACGUCUGUGUUUACUUGUUUUUGUAUGAUUUUGUAAUGACAAAAGUUUCCUAUCUGAAUUCAAAACCUGUUUCAUAUCAUUUGUUGCUUCUGCUAGUCAUUGCAAAGUAGUUGUUUUGUCUGGUUUGAUGUGCAUACGUUUCUGUUAUUUAAAUAUUUUGUCAGUUACAUUCUAAGUUAAUUGUAGCCUUUUGUACAGAAAUGCAGUAACACACUGUUAAUAUUCACAAUAAAUAAAGAAAUAACUAGUUUUA